CCGCCUGCACCUCUCAUGCUCGCAACCAAUUCAACCUCUGCCGAACCAGCACUUUCCCAAUGCGACACGAGAUCGAAGACGAGAAAGGCGCGAUCGCGGCGAACUCAGCAGUCGAGCUGAAGACGUGAAAACGCCGUCUCUGCAUCAACACCGCACUUCACUUCACUCCACUCCACUCCAUUUAUUCACUUGCACACCGGCGCUCGAAGACCGAUAUGUCGCAGGGCGCAUCGCCCAGUGCCUCGGGCAUGACAGAUCCCACCCAGCGCCGCUUUCGAGGAAGCGGGAAAAUUACCGACUAUGAGAUUAUGAAAGAGAAGCUGGGCGAGGGCACGUUUGGUGUCGUGAGCAAGGCCAAGUCCAAGCGCACAGGCGCUGUGGUUGCGCUGAAGAAGAUCCUGAUGCACAACGAGAAGGACGGCUUUCCCAUCACGGCUUUGCGCGAGGUGAAAUUGCUCAAGAUGCUGAGCCACCCGAAUAUUCUGCGACUGGAAGAAAUGGCUGUCGAACGACAGCAAGGCGAUGACAAGGGAAAGAGCGGCAAGAAGCGCGCGACACUAUACAUGGUCACGCCGUAUAUGGACCACGACCUCAGCGGCAUGCUCACCAAUCCAGACAUUCGAUUCACCGACGCACAGGUCAAGUGCUACAUGCUGCAGCUGCUCGAAGGGCUACGAUACCUGCACGAUUCGCAUAUCCUGCAUCGUGACAUGAAGGCAGCCAACAUCCUCAUAUCCAAUAAAGGAAUCCUGCAGAUUGCCGACUUUGGUCUGGCUCGACACUACGAAGGCGACACACCUGUGCCAGGCCAAGGCAAUGGCAAGGCAACCAGAGACUACACAAGUCUGGUUGUAACACGCUGGUACCGGCCACCCGAGCUGCUACUGACUCUGAAGAGAUACACUCCCGCAAUAGACAUGUGGGGUGUUGGAUGUGUGUUUGCGGAAAUGUUUGAGCGCAAGCCCAUUCUUGAAGGUCGUUCCGACAUCGACCAGUGCGUCAAGAUCUUCAAGCUUCUAGGCUCGCCAACCCAAGAAAACAUGCCGGGCUGGAAUGAACUGCCUGGCUGCGAAGGCACAAAUGUUUGGGAGAAGCAGAGGGGUGAUAUCGAUCACCGAUUCCGAAAUAUUGGACCAGAAGGCCUUCACCUUCUCAAGUCGAUGCUAUGCCUCGACUGGAGGAAGCGCAUCAAUGCGAUUGAUGCACUACAGCAUGACUACUUCAAAGUCAAGCCGCUGCCUGCAAGGCCCGAAGAGAUACCACGAUACGAAGACAGCCAUGAGCUUGACUCACGGCGCCGAGGCAAGCAGGAUAACCAGCGUGCAUUGCCUCCAGCGCCAGCCGGAGGAACGGUUGGUAUGGGACCAGACGAAUGGGGUCACGGACCGCCCAAUGGUGCUUAUCAGAAUGGCUACAACGACCGAGGGGGUCGCAAUUAUGGUCGCGAUAGAGGACCGCCUGGAGCAGCCUAUCCCCAGUCGCGCUAUGACGAUCGAAGGGCGCCGCCUUUGCCCAUGGGUGGCAGACAGCCAGCAUAUCGAGAUCGGGAUAGUCGGGAACGGCAGCUACCUCCGGCAAACGGACAUUCUCUGCCACCACGACCACCCAUUGACCUUCCACCUCGGCCGCCCGUUAGUAUCCCCGACCGUGGGGGCAUACCAGACAGAGCGCCACCUCCGCCAUUAGCAGGGCCUCCUCCUGGACGAAGAGAUCUGGGGCCGAAUGUCGACACGUAUAUUCCAUCGUAUCAAGGCGGAGGACGUUCAUACGAUAACCGGCCGCCCAGACCUCGAGAUGACUACGACCGUCCCGCUCGCCGUGAUAGUCGUGAUCGAGAUCUUGCAUAUAGAGAUGCAGAUGGUCCACCUCGCUAUCGGGAUCCGGACGCACCGGGUCCACGAACGUAUCGGGAUAUGGAUGCGCCGCGACCGGACAGAGGAGACGACCCGUAUCGCGAUCGUGACCGGCGACGUGACUACCCUCCUCCUCCUCCUGAAGCUCGUCGAACCCGUAGUCGAAGUCCUGACCGGGAGCGACGAGAGCGAACGGAGCGGCUGCAACACAGAGAACGAGAAAUGUACAGCAGGCAGUAGUGACUUUUAUUGAUGUAGCAGAUCAGCGUAAGACUUCGUAGUGCUACUAGCCUUGACUACCUAUCGGCUAUCGCGAAGCCUGCCGGUGCAGUCUACCGAGACAAUAUCACAAGUCACAAGAUUGAGUCGAUUAUUGGACCUUAUCCAAUCCAAAGCUCUGGAAUAAGAUAAUGCAGCAGCCCUAAGUUCUAGAACGCCGCCAUGGGACCCAGGGCCUCACUCCACUCCCGCGUGGUCGUGAUGAGUAACAUUGCAUAUUCCAUCCCGUGUCAUGAUCCAUCAUCCAUGCUUCUCGGGGACCUUGCAAAUUUGCUAUUUUCGAUUGACACUGCUGCAGGGAUCGCCCCUACAUAGCGACUAGGGCGUGGUGGCAUUCACUACCAGUGACCACCUGAGCUCUUGUUUCGGGCCAUUCCGUCUUAGCUGGGGGAGUCUUUUGUCACUUUCGCAUCGCCCAUCCAACAUUCACACCGUCGUGCGCAUCAUUCAUGCCCUGUAGCGAUGCGCCUCUGUAACAAGUGAACAAGCUCACAUGCAAAAAGGUGGUAGAGGAGCAAUGUGUGCCCCGGCGACCACGUGUCACCAUGCGAACGACUGGCAUACUGGCAUGUUUAUUAGCACAGGCUACACAGCACAUCUGGCUAAGCUUUAUGCAAGGUCAUGUUUAGCUUCGCAGAUGAAUCCGGUACAUCGAUCUCUUCUCGGCAGACCAAUCUCCCCAUACAGGCCAAGAUGGCGACGAUAAGAAGCAGCUUGGCAGAUGCACUUCCAAGUUCCCACGGACCCACGCUGUACGGUGUACCACUCUGUCCGAGUGACCGAGUCUACCCUCGACUCCUCGUAUGGCUUAUAGCCUUCUAGACUCUGGGCAUGUCGUGUAGAUAAGAAGUACCUUGGCAUGCCGCAGUUACACUUCAAUGUUACCACUGUGCCUGUACACCUUCCGGAAACGAGCACGCGAUAGGCCGGGUCGGUAGCAGGGUGGACAGCGUUGCUCGCCUCUCUAUAUUAUCAUAUCAGCAGCUCACCCUGCCCUGAGCCCUCCUCCCUCCCUUCGAAUCUACCCUCGAGGCGCGAACGAAGGCUUUCCUAUAAUAAGCCUGACUCGAAUGCCUUUUGGUUGGAUUCCAAGACAUGGCUUCUUACCUCGUGGACGACGACAAGCAGCCAGUGCCUCCUGUUGCUGAUGCUAUUGAUGGCAACGGAAAAUCUGACAAGAUUUACACGGUGGAAACAAAAGUCACGUCCGAUGGCUCGGAGAAGGACAGGAGUCUGGCAUCGGAAGAGCCUGAAGAUGAUAAUGCCAUCAUCAUCACGGGAGCGGAUGCAGCACUACAUCUGUUGCCCCUGCGCGACGAUGGCGACCAGGCAUUGACCUUUCGUUCCCUCUUCUUGUCCACUGGUCUCGCAGCAUUCCAAGCUGUCAUGAACCAGAUCUAUCAAUUCAAGCCCACCCAGAUCGCGAUUCAAGGAACCUUCAUUGUCAUCAUCGCCUACUUUCUCGGCAAAGGUUGGGCUCUUCUUCUCCCUCGAGGCGAUGUGCAUCUCGCUCGCUGGAGAGCGAAAGGCGGAGUGGGAAAGCCUCCCUUGUGGAUAUCAGUCAUUUCGUUCUUCAACCAUGGACCUUGGGGCUUGAAGGAGCAUGCGAUCUGUUCCAUCACAGCUACAUCGGCUUCGAAUGCAUCGGCCAGUGUUGCUGUCUUCGCAGCACAAAAGCUCUUCUACGACCUACCCUUGAGCGCGAAUACCGUCAUCCUAUCAACCAUAUCGAUUGGGCUUUUCGGCUACGGACUCUGUGGACUGCUGAGACCUAUCACGGUCUGGCAUGUCGAUGCCGUGUAUUGGAGUACUUUGCCCACGGUGAAGACGCUCCAAGGCCUGCACUGGAGCUCUGUGAAAGACUCGAAACCUCUGCGAUGGUUCUGGUACUGUCUCGGCGGCAUGUUUUGUUAUGAGUUCCUUCCUGCUUACAUCUGGCCAUGGCUGAACUCGGUCUCGAUUCCAUGUUUGGCAUCGAUGAACGCCACGGGAAGUAAAGCCGAGACUCUGACGCUGCUGUUCGGUGGAGCGACCAACAACGAAGGUCUGGGACUCUUCAAUCUAUCAUUUGAUUGGCAAUACAUCACGUCCUUUCAGACUUCGUUACCACUAACGUUGCAAGUGCAUUCUGCAAUAGGGAUCGCAAUUUGCUUUUUGGCCAUGCUUGGUAUCUACUAUGGCAAUGUCUGGGAUUCCAAAUCUCAGCCUUUCAUGUCGACGGCGUUGAGAUCAGCGGAUGGUGGAAGAUAUCCCAUUGCCAAGGUCUUCGUUGGAGGAGUACUCAGCAAAGCGGCGCUGGCAGAAGUCGGUCUGCCCAAAUUGAGUGGCACAUUCGCUUACUCGCUUCUGAUGGCGAACGCAGCUAUUGGCGCGUUGGUCAUGCACUGUUUCCUGUUCUGGGGAGGUGAUGUUGUCCAGGCCUACAAGCGAGCUCGCGUGGGACAAUCCAACGAUCGACAUCACGCAUAUGUGAACAAGCACUACAAGGAGUCACCUUGGUGGUGGUUUGUUAUCAUACUUGUCGUCAGCUUCGUGCUCGGUCUGAUUGUUGUGCUGAAAGAGGAUAUCACGUUGUCUGCCUGGGCAUACGUGGUCGCACUUCUCUUGGGCUGCUUCAUUGCUCCAUUGAGCACGAUUCUGUAUUCGCGAUUUGGUAACGGCAUAGCAACCAACAACUUGUCGAAGAUGCUCGCUGGUCUACUCGUUCCAGGACGACCCGUGGGGAACAUGUAUUUCGCUGCAUGGUCCCACAAUGUGAUCAGCAACACAGUCAACUUGUCGAACGACUUGAAAAUGGGCGACUAUCUCAAGAUUCCGCCACGCGUCAUGUUCCUCACGCAGAUUUGGGGUACCAUCUUCGGCGGAUUUAUCAACUAUGUUGUCAUGAUCUCCAUCGUGACAGCUAACGCGGACCUGCUUGCCAAUGGCAACGGCAACUCAUCAUGGAGCGGAGCGAGCAUUCAGUCCUACAACACCAACGCCACUGCAUGGGCGCUGGCCGAGUACCUAUAUCGAGCCGGACGCGAGUACUACAUGGUACCAGUCGGCCUCGCCAUCGGCGCAGCUCUCGUCAUCGCACAUCGCAUUUUCGUCUUUUUCAUCCCCCAAGUCCGCAACUUCGACAUGCGCGAACUCAAUCUUCCCCAACUCAUCCAAUACGCCGGCUACAUUCCCUACAACCAAUCCCAAACCUGCGUCAUUCUCAGCCAACUCCUCGCAGGAUUUUUUGUGCAAUUCUACCUCCGCAAUUAUCGUCCGAGCAUCUUUAAAAACUGGUCGUAUUUGAUUACGGGAGCCAUGGAUGGCGCGGCGCUGUUUGCGUUGUUUAUUCUUUCCUUUGCGGUUUUUGGAGCGGGUGGUCCUUCGAAACCUUUUCCGGCGUGGUGGGGAAAUAAUGUGGAUGGGAAUUAUGAUCUUUGUCCUGUUGCGGAGUAAGAGGAAGAGGAGGAGGAGGAGGAGAGAAGCUGUUUGUGGUUUUUUUUUUCUCUUGUUCUUUUCCUCUUUGGGGGGAGGAGGGGGGACGGGAACUUACACAGCUACGUAUAGGUAUGGAUGGGAGAGGUGAUAUGAAUGAAUGAUACGAAGAUUACGAUUUAUCUCUCUUUUUCGGCUUCUAGAUCAAACAUACAAACCUAGGUUUUAUUUAUGGCGGAAUGAGCAACCGAUCGUCUUUUUGCGUGC